CAUUAUGUUAAUUGAAAAUUUUUUGUCAUGUAAAUGAGACCCCUUCGAUAAAACAGAUACGUUUAAAAAAAUUGUGACUGAGGGCUUCCAUUUCUUGUAACAUUUCACAAGAAUCCAGUCUAAUCAGUAUUAGAUCUUGUUUUUCAAAGUUAAAUAAAUAUGGGCAUUGAGCUAUUCAAAGCCUUAAUAUGAAACAAACAAUUUGAUGAUCAUGGGACUUAAACUGUUGUUUGUUUCAUACUAAGGCCCCGAAUUGUAUUCUGAUGAACUUGAUACUUUAUCAUUUCCCUAGGUGUUAAAUUGUUCUUACUAGUUCAAGCUACAGUCAAAAACCCUGAUUUUUCUUUGCCAAAAGUAAAAUAACUUUCAAGAUAAUGUGAUAACUUGCUGUUGAGCAUUGAUUUUACAAAAUUUUACAAAAUCGAAAAAAAAAUGUUUAUGCUUCUAAAUGUUUUUGAUUUUAGGUCUCUUUUGAAUUAAGAUUAGUUUCUUUUAUAAUUUUUUGAAGACAGAUGAAAAUUUGAUAGACUAAAAGUUGCCGAAACGUCAAUUUUUAUCUGAUUUUCAAAAAUUAAUAAAAUGUUUUCAACUAGCCAAAUGUAAUUUUUCUCCUCUUUUUCAAAGUGGUGAUAUGAAAGCUAAUUUUAUUGUUUAAAUUUCAGGUACUUGUGAACUAUAUAGUUGCAUGAUAUACUAUUUCAAUAUUCCCAAUUUAUAAACAAUAAAAUCUUUGGUCACAUUUAAGGGACCCAAAAUUUGUUAAUAGCAUUUCGGUUUAAUAAUGUUCGACAAUCUAUAUUCUUCUUUUUUCUGGAACUUUUAAUGCUCUGAACGAUUUCGUUCUAUUAUUGAUAAAACAAAUUUAGAGGUUAUGUCUGCUUUUUGACCUUCGAGAGUAAUUAUAUUUAAAAAUAACCCAACUUUCUUAUAAAGUGUGUUUGAAUUACUUACCCUCAAGGAUGUAUUCUCUACACCUAUUUUUUAUGUUUAAAACAAUGUAUUUUUACAUAUUUAAACUCGCUAUUUAAUACACAAAUUAUAAACUGAAGAUUAAAAUUCAAACAAACUGAACGGUGAUACAGUAGAACAUUCCGUAAGUUCUGUGGAUUCUAAGGACAUGUUCACUUUGCUGAUUGCGGAAUUUAGUGAUGUUUGCGCUGAUUGGUUUUCACAGUUUUGUUUUAUACGUGAAGCACGUCCAUUUCACAUCAUCUGAUUGAUCCAUAAGAAAUAUGAAUAGAAAAUAAAAUUCCGUGCUGCAGUCUUGUAUUUGUGUUCUAUGCAGACAUAAAAUGACAGGUUAACUUCAUAAUCAAGUAAUUCCUAGUAACAUUUUGUUUAUUCCACAUUCAGAGAAAAUUGAUGAAAUUGCAAACCAAAAAUGAGUGUUAAGUGCUAAAUAGUUGCCUUUGAAUAUAAGAAAUGGAAAAUAAUAUGGAAGACAUUGACCAAAUAGUGAAUUCAACGGAAAAUGAAUUGGUUUAUAUAAAACAGGAAAACAGUGAUUAUCUUAAAUUGGAAAUGGAUCAAAUUAGUUUUAAGGAAGAAAUCAGUAUUUUUAACGAAAAUAUGGAACAAGAUUUUGAUGAGAAACCAUUCCCACAUACAAGUGCUUUAAUCAAUAAUAAACAUAAUAUUAAACAAGAGGAAAAUUAUUAUUUAAAUAGUGAUUUUAUGAUUGAUUAUAAUGUUCAGGACAAAACAGAUUGUAAUUACUCAGAUAAUCAGUAUGAAAGGAAUGAAAACAAAUGGAAAUAUCCUUCGGGUAAAUAUAGGAGGGCAAUUAAAUUGAGAGGAAAAUUAUUCGAUGGAAAAUAUAUAAAUAAGCAUAAUCAGUUUAAUGGUAUAUUCAUCUGUCAAGUAUGUGGAAAAAUGUGUGUGAAAAUGAAAGAAUAUCUUCUACAUACUUCAACAGAACAUUUUUUUAAACAAAAAAAGAAAGCCGUUGAUAAAACGCAAUUAAUAUCGACUGUUUCGAUUAAAAAAGAAAUCAAAACAGUCUCCGAUUUUGAUAAUACCCCAAUUAAAUGUAAUUUUUGCUCUAAAACUUUCGAACAACCAAAUAAUUUGAGUAUACACUUGCGUCAACACACUGAGAAAAAUUCUUUUAAAUGCCAGAUUUGUUCUAAAUAUUUUCCAACUAAAUCUAAUCUAAAAAAGCAUAAACGCAGUCACACAAGCGAUAAACCGUAUAAAUGCGAUGUCUGUUCGAAAUUAUUCGCCUAUAAAUAUUUAUUGACUUAUCAUUUGCGUCAACAUACGGGGGAAAAACCAUUUAAAUGCGAUAAAUGUACAAAAUCCUUCCCUUCCAAUAACACUUUACAAAAACACCAAAAAUGUCACACGGACGAAAGACCACAUAAAUGCGACGUUUGUUCGAAAGCUUUCAAAACAAAAUAUUGCUUGGACAUUCAUUUGCUCCGCCAUACGGGAGAAAAACCGUUAAAAUGCGACAUUUGUUUGAAACCGUUCGUCUGUAAAAGCGAAUUGAAGUGGCAUACUCGCGUUCAUACGGGAAAAGGUUUGUUCAAAUGUGAAAUUUGUUCGAAAUCCUACGCACAUAAAGUUUCUUUGAUCUACCAUGUACGUAAACACACGGGGGAAAGACCGUUUAAAUGCGACAUCUGUUCGAAAUCCUUCCCUUCCAACAGCACCUUACAAAAACAUAAGAAAUGCCAUACAGACGAAAGACCGUUCGAAUGUGACGUGUGUUCGAAAAAAUUCAAAACAAAAUCUUGCUUGGACGCACAUUCGCUGAUCCACACCGGCGACAAACCGUUCAAAUGCGAAAUUUGUUCGAAAUCUUUCCAACGAAAAUGCAAUUUAACCUCACACGUCCGCGUCCAUACACAAAAAAAACCAAAUUACCCCCUCUAUCGACACGUAAAAGAAAAACCUUUCGAAUGUGAUAUUUGUUCGAAAUCUUUCCAACGAAUAAGCCAUUUAACUCUACAUACUCGCGUCCAUACACAAAAGAAACUUAUCGAUUAUCCCUCGUAUCGAAGAAAUGGCGAUUCGUCCGCGCACUCUCGUAUCCACGCCGAAGAAAAACCCUUCGAAUGCGAAAUUUGUUCGAAAUCGUAUUUUUGCAAAAGCAAGCUGAAAUCGCAUAUGUGUGUCCAUACGGGGGUGGGUUUGUUCAAAUGCGAAAUCUGCUUAAAAUCCUACGCACACAAAGAUUCGUUGAUGUAUCAUUUACGAACACACACGGGGGAAAAACCGUUUAAAUGCGAUAUUUGUUCGAAAGCCUUCCCUUCGAAAAGCACUUUACAAAAACAUAAGACGUGUCACACGGACGAAAGACCGUUCAAAUGUGACGUUUGUUCGAAAACGUUCAAGUUAAAAUCGUCCCUCAACUCCCAUUCGCAGAUCCACACCGGCGAAAAACCGUUUGAGUGUGAAAUUUGUGCGAAAUCUUUCCAACGAAAAAGCAAUUUAAACUUACACGCUCGCGUCCACACCAAGAAAAAACUUUCCAAUCACCACUUGUAUCCGAACUUAAUAGGAAAACAUUUCAAAUGUGAAAUUUGUUCGAAAUCGUUCCGACAAAAAAGCGAUCUAACCUCACAUUCUUGUCUCCAUACCGAUGAAAAACCUUUCGAAUGCGAUAUAUGUUCAGUAUCUUUUUCCCAUAAAGGUAAUUUAACUUCCCAUAUGCGUCUCCAUGCGAGGGGAAAUUUGUUCGAUUGUUUUAGUGUGACGUCAUAUAGAUUCGAGACCUUCAAGUCGUAAGGUGCUCAAGAAAUAUGCGUCCCCGCGAAAAUCUUUUUAUAUUUCGAACUAAAUCGAUAUAUUUUUCUCAUAAAUUCAUCGAGGGCAAGAUCUUUUCACUCCUUCCUGUAUAUCAUGGUCUCCUUCGAACGAUUUUGAUAGACAACACCGAACAUCUUCAUCGCCCCGUAUAAUAUGUAACGUGGGUGCCGUUUAUCCCACUCGAAUCCAAUCACCGCAAAAAUUUCCAUGCUAACCACCUGUUUCUGACGUAUAUAGUUUUUUUCGAUAAAGUCUGUGUCAUAUAUUACAUAUACCCCCUGUAUAAUAUGUUAUAAGUGAUGUUGCAGGCGAAACAGCUGCCGUGUUGGGGCGUCCCAUGCUGCGCAACCGCAAUACGCGGUGUCGUGUCGCACGAUAAAAUUUUCUCGCGUUCAAAUGAGGCCUUUCAUUCUUUCGAAAACGUCAACUGUCAUUUGAUUCUUGUCAAAACGUGAACAAGCUACUUCGUUCACUUAUCAAACUCGUUUUAUUGUAAUCUAACAUUCCCAACGUUCUAGGUUGUAAUUUGAGGUCUCUAUUACUGGAAUACGUUGUUGGAUGAUGUUCGAGAGGGAUAAAAUCAAACCAACUUAUCAGAUUUAGUCCCGCGUGAGUUAUUUGAAUCCCAACAAUGAAAUAAAUUCAUAAAAAAUACUUGAACUGUUUUUCAUUAAAAAAAUAUGAAAUUUUCAGACCCUUCCUCGUAUAUGAACCUACUCAUUUUUAUAACAAUCAGUAUUCGAAUAAUUUUUUCUCAGUGUACCUUCAAUUUUGUUAUAAAUUUGAUAGAUUUUUAAUUGUAUGACUAAUUGUUUGUUGAAAUUUUGAAUUUUCAUCCAUUUCAAAUGAUGUAAAUUAUAUUUAUGGUACAUAAUUAUCUUUUUAUUUUCAAAAAACAAUAAAGUCGAUUGAUAUUUUG